AUGAUCUAUGAUGGCCCCCUGCAGCGCCUCGAUGCACUCCGGACCUUUGUCUACCCUGGCCUCAACUUCAUGAUGAGGUGCGGCACCCUAGGCAAAGAGGAUUGGCAGCGGCUGGAUGACGCCCUCCGUCCCUUAUUAAAGUGGACGCUUUACCUCCCAUCCAAUGCCUCCAACGAGUACCUGUACGGAAGUCCCCGGUCUGGAGCUUUAGUCACACCACUCCCUGCCGAGCUUAGUGACCUCUGCCGGGUGGACAAUGCCUUCAAGCUCCUUACGUCUGCCGACAUCGAGGUUCGCGAUAUGGCGUCGCAGGGCCUGUUCGAGGUUGUCUCUCAGCGUCUGCGCCGGCCGGCGGAGCAAAGGGACGUAGAAGAUUACCUCGGCGGGUCCACGGAAGGCGACUUCCGCGCGCCGGCUUCGCAGCUCCGAUCGGCAUGGACGGAGACACGUAAGGCGUCUCGCCGCCUGGAUGUACUGUGGCAGCUGGACCCUGAUGGCGUCCGGAUAACCUGCGGCGACAAAACCCUCACCUUCCACCGCAGGAAGGUUAUCUGGACGCUGCGCGCCAUUCAAUCAGCGACCAGGGAUGACGCCCUCCAGAGCAACCCAAACCAGAGAAAAGUAAUGCAGUGCGUGGCUGCCGACCCUGCCAGUUCGCAUUUUGUGCAUACCGGGUCCUUCACCCGGUUUGCCGACUGGCGGUUUAUCCACAAGGCCAGGCUCAAUCUGCUACCCCUUAAUGGAGCCAGUGCAUGGAUUACCGGACGGGACCAACGCUGCAGAGUGUGCGGCUAUGAUACGGAGUCUCUGCCCCACGUGCUCUGUCAUUGCAUGGCGCGUAGCGCCAUGUACACGGCCCGACACAACAACAUCAUCGCCCGGCUACGCACUGCCAGCCGUAACCGGUUCGCGAUCGCAUCCGAGAAUCGUCCGGUUGGCACUACUAACCUACGCCCAGAUCUCGUCCUGGUACGCGGCGAGGAAGCCAUCAUCCUUGUUGUUUGUUGUCCCUUUGACAACCGCCUAGAAGCCUUCGCCGCCGCCCGUGCCACCAAGAUUGCCAAGUACGAGCCUGUGCGGUUACAUCUCGCGCAAUGUUAUCAGCGCCUGACUGUUGAUGCCAUCGUCGUCGGCGCUGUUGGCUCCUGGUACCCCUGCAAUGACUCCGUCAUGAGGCGACUGUGCUCACGUUCCUACCUCCGUCUUUUUAAGAAGUUGGUAGUAAAUGACGUGAUCUUUGUGUCGCGAAACAUUUACCAUAAGCACGUCGCUCCCCGCUAG